AUCCGCUAAGCCGUGCGUCGCACAGCGGCGGCCAGAGCAGAAGGGUAUGGUCGCGCGUCCCCAUCGCGGCACAGAGGGGUAGCCGCAGAGCCCUGGAAAGUUUUUGGAGCCGUGAGGGAUACAGAAGUUUGAUCAAUAUUGUCUUAACAUGCUUCAAAUAAAUCAGCUUCUCUCCACGAUAAAAUGGCAAAACCCAAAGAGAAAACUCCAAUGUGUCUGGUAAAUGAGUUGGCCCGUUUCAAUAGCAUCCAACCCCAGUAUAAACUUCUGAAUGAAAGCGGGCCUGCUCAUUCAAAGAUGUUCUCAGUGCAGCUGAGUCUUGGCGAGCAGUCAUGGGAAUCGGAAGGAAGCAGUAUAAAGAAGGCCCAACAAGCUGUUGCUAAUAAAGCUUUGACUGAAUCUACGCUUCCCAAACCAGUUCAGAAACCACCCAAAAGUAAUGUUAACAAUAACCCAGGCAGUAUAACUCCAACUGUGGAACUGAAUGGGCUUGCUAUGAAAAGGGGAGAGCCUGCCAUCUACAGGCCAUUAGAUCCAAAGCCAUUCCCAAAUUAUAGAGCUAAUUACAACUUUCGGGGCAUGUACAAUCAGAGGUAUCAUUGCCCAGUGCCUAAGAUCUUUUAUGUUCAGCUGACUGUAGGAAAUAAUGAAUUUUUUGGUGAAGGGAAGACUCGACAAGCUGCAAGACACAAUGCUGCAAUGAAGGCCCUUCAAGCACUGCAGAACGAACCUAUUCCAGAGAAAUCAGCUCAGAAUGGUGAAUCAGGAAAAGAAAUGGAUGAUGACAAAGAUGCAAAUAAAUCUGAGAUCAGCUUAGUAUUUGAAAUUGCUCUGAAGAGAAAUAUGCCUGUCAGUUUUGAGGUUAUCAAAGAGAGUGGACCACCACACAUGAAGAGCUUUGUCACUCGGGUGUCAGUGGGAGAGUUCUCUGCAGAAGGAGAGGGAAAUAGCAAAAAGCUCUCCAAGAAGCGUGCUGCAACCAUUGUUUUACAAGAGCUUAAAAAACUUCCACCUCUUCCUGUGGUGGAAAAGCCAAAACUAUUUUUUAAAAAACGUCCUAAAACAAUAGUAAAGGCUGGACCAGAAUAUGGUCAAGGAAUGAACCCCAUUAGCCGCCUGGCUCAAAUUCAACAGGCGAAAAAGGAAAAGGAGCCAGAUUAUGUUUUACUUUCAGAAAGAGGAAUGCCUCGACGUCGAGAAUUUGUGAUGCAGGUCAAAGUAGGCAAUGAAGUUGCUACUGGAACAGGACCCAAUAAAAAGAUAGCCAAAAAAAAUGCUGCAGAAGCAAUGCUGUUACAACUGGGCUAUAAAGCAUCUACUAGUCUUCAAGAUCAACUUGAUAAGACAGGAGAAAACAAAGGAUGGAGUAGUCCAAAGACUGGGUUUCCUGAACCAACCAAUAACACUCCAAAAGGAAUUCUUCAUCUGUCUCCUGAUGUUUAUCAAGAGAUGGAAGCCAGCCGCCACAAAGUAAUCUCUGGCACUACUCUAGGCUAUUUGUCACCUAAAGAUAUGAACCAACCUUCAAGCUCUUUCUUCAGUAUAUCUCCCACAUCGAAUAGUUCAGCCACAAUUGCCAGGGAACUCCUUAUGAAUGGAACAUCUCCUACAGCUGAAGCCAUAGGUUUAAAAGGAAGUUCUCCUACUCCCCCUUGUUCUCCAGUACAACCUUCAAAACAACUGGAAUAUUUAGCAAGGAUUCAAGGCUUUCAGGCGGCUUUAAGUGCCUUGAAACAAUUUUCUGAACAAGGACUGGAUCCAAUUGGUGGGACAAUGACUACUGAAAAACGUUCUCUUGAAAAACAAGCCAAGCAUCUGAGAGAGAAAGCGGACAAUAACCAGGCGAACCCGGGCUCCAUUGCUCAGGACUGCAAGAAAUCAAAGUCGGCCAUCUAGCAGCUCUCAGAACCCACGGCCGCCACCGCAUCCUUAUAAACCUGUCAGCACACAUGAGGGUGUCUGUGUUCAAGGAAAUGAAUGACUAAUACCAUGAUUUGAGUCUUAUGUGAAGACAACACUAUUCUAACACAAGAGAUAAUAUACAUGGUACUGUUUAUUCAACUGGGGGAAAAUAAAACUGAGCAUUUCCCUUGGAACUUGAGAUUAGAUCAUAACUCAUUUGCCCAGAGGCAGUAGAAAUCUGAUCCUGCUACUGGAGCUUAAAAUAACAAUUAAUGAAAAGUGUUAGAAACAGAGCUAAAGUUUUAAAAUGAUUGGUUUGGUUCUGUUGUUAUGAUUGUUUUGUCGUGGUGCUUGUGUUCAGUUACAUUCUCUCCUGUUUGAAAUAAUGCUUGACAAUUCAAAAAUUAACCAAUGAUGUACUGUGGAAUGUGAUGGUUGUUGUCUUCAUAUAGAGUCACACAGUUUCUCUUUUUCUGCAGAUAUUUGUAAUCUUCAUCCUGUAUCGAUAUGAAUAACUUUAAGUUGCACUACACAAAGAUGUAUGCAAACUAAUAUGUUUUAAAUCAGGUCCGAUAUUUGAUUAAAAAUAUGAAAUAAUGCUAGGAACAAGUAGUUUCCAUGUAUGCCAGGAAUUUAAAGAACAAAACAAAACCAAGUUGUUGUGGGUUUUGAGCUCCAUGAUGCCAUUAGCAACCAAGGGGGCGUCUUGCCUCUGCACAUCCCUUUCCUGGAUUCCACUCUCUCUUGUGGAAAUUGUGCCCACCCCUACCCGUGUGUUGUAGCCACUUGCUGUUUUUUGCAUCAAGAGUGUCUUUAUUAACUUCCUCUGGACUUGGGACAAUGAGUGGGAUCAAAAUAAAUAAUGUACAUGGCGGGAAGGGAAAGCCUGUUGGAGAAGCUUCCAGCCAGCCACGAUCUGGACCAGCAUGUUGGAAUCCAGUGUAGUGGCCAAUGCAGUAAAAAUGUGGUCAGUUUCUGUGUGAAGUGUUGUUAUUGUUGUUCCUUCAUUCUCUCACUCUCAUCUUUUAAAUAUCACCUCAGUGAAACCCAUCCGAAGGCUGCCACCCGGCAGAGUCAUCCUGCUCAGCAGAGGAAUUAGUGGCUGUAUCUGCGAAACUGCCGAGCUGCCUCCUGGGUGACUCGGGCAGGCUUCCUGCCUGGCCAACGUCAUCUCAUUGUUCAGGCUUUCUCCUUAUUGAUUACACACGUUGUGUAAUGAGAAAACACUAUAUGGUCUAACUGCGCGACCCAACCUGAAAAUAGGAAUAAUUAUGUAAGAUUUCACAAGCAAAACCACCACAAAUCAUGAUCUGGCUGACUCACACGCGACUGGAGAAUAAACAAACAGCACCAUAAGGAAAUAA